GUGAGAUGUGUCAGCUGACUACACAGGGAAUUCUUCACGAAACUGUCGGGUACAGCGAUGUCCCGUUUCAGUGAUCCAUUUAUUGAUGUGAGGAACAAAUGCUGAAGUCAUAUCUUUUCUAAAACAUUCUACAGCAUAUGUUCUCUGGAAUUCUGGUCUACUGAAUCGUGUCUGACACCAUGCUAGCCACAGUGACUGCUGUGGUUAGGUUUGCUCAAUACAAUGGCAGUGUUACUCCCUCACCGCUGGAGAACAUAUCAGCGUUCCCAACCUGGCAACCUGAUUACGAAAGCAACAUCAGCAAGCCUCAUAAAUGUCUUCAAGUUUUGUAUGAGGACGCUGGAAACUCCAGAGUGCGGUUCUGGGACAUUUUCCUUCUUGUGCCUAAUGUGGCCUUCCUUGUAUUCCUGAUGUGGAAGCUGCCCUCAGCCAGGGCCAAGAUUCGACUCACCUCCAGCCCCAUCUUUGUCACCUUUUACUUGCUGGUUUUUGUUGUAGCAGCAGUUGGAAUCACUCGGGCUGUAGUGUCAAUGACCGUCAGUGCAUCCAGUGCUGCCACCAUCAUAGACAAAGUGCUGUGGGAAAUUACCCGCUUCUUCUUGCUGGCCAUUGAGCUCAGUGUCAUCAUCUUGGGUCUGGCUUUCGGUCACCUGGAGAGCAAAUCCAGUAUAAAGCGUGUGUUGGCUAUUACCGCUGUUCUAGCUCUGGGCUACUCCAUCACUCAGGGCACACUUGAGAUCUUGUACCCAGACAGUCACCUGUCUGCUGAAGACUUCAACAUCUACGGUCACGGAGGACGGCACUUCUGGUUGGCCAGCUCUUGCUUCUUCUUCCUGGUUUAUUCUUUGAUUGUCAUCUUGCCUAAAACUCCAGUGAGGGAGAGGAUAUCUCUUCCAUCCAAGAGGAGUUUCUAUGUGUACGCUGCCAUCCUGUCUACACUGAACCUGGUCCAGGGCCUUGGCAGCUCCCUGCUGUGUGCUGGAAUCAUAGAGGGACUCUGCUGUGUUGAUGUCACCACCUUCCUCUACUUCUCUGCCUUUGCGCCGCUCAUUUAUGUCACAUUCCUCAAAGGCUUCUUUGGCUCCGAGCCCAAGAUCCUCUUCUCCUACAAGUCACAGAUGGAUGAGCCGGAUGAAAGCGACGUCCACCUUCCCCCAACCGUCGCUGCAUCCAUCGGCCGUAAGGAGCUGCUUGACCAGGGUCUGUACUACUCCUCCACCCAGAUCGACGGCUCUGGUCCAGGCAGCUCUCGUGUGGUUGGAGCUUACCUGGAUGAUGUGGCCUCCGGACCCUAUGGAUCCAGCAGCAUCAACAGCAUUGAAGCAGACCGCUGGAGACCUAUCAAUGUGUGAAUCAUUAAAAAAGAAAGGGAGGGACUUACAGCUGGACUUACAAGGUUGUGUAGGUUGGCCUUCAAAGGAGUCGGCCAUAAAAAUGCAGAACAAAGUUGUGGGACACCAGUAAAGGGUUACUCUUGGCUUUGCUUUGAAACCAGGAAAAGUGGAAACUUAAGGAGGGACCUUUGCUUGCCAGUUAUGUGGAGGAUUAUGAAUAUAGCAAAACUUUUGUAACACUGUUGGCAGAGUGCAGUGCUGCUGUAACUCCAAUCUAUGAGUGCUGUCCUCGCACUGCGGCUGCGACAGACUCCGUAUUAAUUCUGUCACUCUUAAAUGUUGGAGCUUUCCAACUCCUCCCCGCACAUUUUCUGUCAUUCCAGCAUUACACAUCAACUGCAUAAUCCUCAAUGAUGAAGUUUAACCGUGGUUUAAGAACACCACAUCAAUAAAAUCAAACAUUCCUACCAAAGCUUUGAGAAAUAGCAUCUCAACUGACCUAAUAGACUGCUGCCUUGAAUUACAAAUGUGACUCUGCUUUUUAUUUUUUUGCUGAAUCACUAUGCCUCUUUACACAGGACAAGUACUAAUUCAUUUUUGUUGGUUUACUUUUUUCCUCUGAAAUAGGUGCUGUGCCUGCUGUGAGCAGGUGGAGGGUGUUAGGUCGAUGUGUCAGUAACUCCCUUAUAGAGGCAUUGGAUCCAUGUCAAAGAUCACAAUCCAUUUUGAGGUCUUUCCUAGAUUUUAGCUUAGAGAAUAUCAAAAUCGCGAUAUGUAAUUUCUUUCCUCUUUAAUUUAUUAUUCUAAUACCAGAUCUAUCAUUCCUGCUACUGAACUUAUAUUGAAUUCAUAGUCAAUAAGGAAGUGUGAUUGGGACACCAAAUGUGCAGAAACCUUUUCUAUGUAUUCUAAUUAUGUCAUGCACUCUGUUCUUUACGGAGUAGCUGCUAAAGUUUUGCUUGCUGCAAAAGUGUUGCUGUUUAAAGUUUAAGUUUAAUUUUGCAGUUAACAUCCUUCCUUUCUUUUCUGUUUUCAGUUUUUCCACAAAAUGUUGGUACAAAAAGUGAAAUAAGACCAUGAACAAUUUUGCUAAAUUUGAUGUUAUCACAUGAUGGUAUUAAUGCAUUAUAAAGAUGAAAUCCCCUAUGAGCAAGAAAGGUGGGCUGUGUUAAAAAUUGGUAAGGCUUCAUCAUCAUUUUAGAAAUUAAGACAAACCUGCAAGACCGCUAAAGACCAAAUGUUGAACUCUGAUCAGUUUGAUACCUGAUUCGUUUGCUCCUUUGUUCAACUUGUGUAAUCUUUGUUGUCUUAACUCUACAAUGUCAUACUCAAGUGUUUUGUAAACCACCUCACAUCUCAUUUACUUUAUGUCUACAGAGGAUGUGUGCAAGGGUUUCUCUAAAAAAUGCAGUAUGCUUGGUGUGAAUGAAUUACCGGUACUGUAUCUAAGCUAGCAGUAUUCAUAGACAGAGAUGACCUGUAUGCAGAAAUGAUUUAUUUUCUCAUAGACCUACAGAAACAAAGUUGUGUAUUUCCAAGAAAUAACGGCGUGUGUUUGAAUCAGAAAUAUUUUCUAUUCAAAUUUUAAUGCUGGUGAAUAGAGUUAGAAUAGUGAUUUGGAGAUCAGUUUGCCUUCACAUGACACGACUUGGCAAGGUGCAUCCUCUCUCUUGAUACACAAGAGGUGUCUGAUUUAAAAAAAAUGAUAAUUUCACAAACAAUCUGUAAUUUGCCUUUUUAUUUAAGUGCAUUGAUUGUGUAAUGUUCAGCCCAUAUUCGUGAAUGUAUUGAUCAUUCCAUGACCAACAAAAUAAACCAUGGACUCCUUCA